AUGGCUAUGUUUCAAAGCACUAACUAUGAUGUUAAAGCAUUUGGUAAAAAUGUUACUAUUCCCGAUGCUGAUAUCGCGAAAAUUAUGUAUUAUAUUGAUUGUGUGUGUACCGUGAUUGAAUAUAGUGACGGUGAUAUUCGACGAUAUCGAAACUAUGUAAAUUGGGCAAAUAUGUCCGACGAAGAAGAUCGUCUCAUCUUUAUUCUAGCUCUUGCUUUGUCACCUGAUGAGUUGGAAGAUAAAGUUUUCUUUAAAUCUCCCGCUCUGUGUCCCAAUUCUAACAAUCAAUUUUACGAAAUUGGACAAAUCAGGAAUCAACUCCUUGUCGUUCGAUCAGUAUUUAUUGGUGGUCAACAAAGACAAGUGAAAAAAAUUAUGGCGUAUAAACAAGCCUGGAUGCAAACAUUUUACUUUCAACCGAUGCGAAAUCUCGCUUUUCGAUUCAGCCCUGAAGGACAACGUCAAGAAGCGAUACGUCGAGAAAUGAUAUCUAGUGCCUGUACCAUCUCAUAA